AGACCCGCCAAACGAGCAGCAAAGAAUUUGGUUGUUCAUCAUUUCUCCUGUUUUGCAGAUAAGGAACCCCUCGUUAUGGAUGACAUUGCGUACGACAGUGAGAGCGAGAGGAAUGCUGACCCCUGCACCUCCGCCAGCUGCAUGUGGGCGAAAUCUGCAGAUGGGAAGAUCUACGUGCCGUAUGUCAUCGCCUCGCACUACGCUUCUCGUGAGCGCUCCAUCAUCGAGCGCGGCCUGACUUCCUUCCACGAUGUUUCCUGCAUUCGCUUCGUCAGACGCACGAGCCAGAGAAACUUCCUGAACAUCCAAUCAGACGGCGGGUGUUACUUGUACGUGGGGAGUCGGGGCUACUCCCAGACGGUGUCUCUGGACCGGCAGGGCUGCCUGUAUCACAGCACGGUUCAACAUGAGCUGCUGCACGCGCUCGGGUUCAACCACGAGCAGUGCCGCUCCGACAGAGACCAGCACAUCCGGAUCCUGUGGGAGAACAUCCAGUCCGGUUGGGCGUAUGCCUUCGACAAGAUAAGCAUGCUUAACCUGAGGCCUUACAGGCCUCUGAACACACCAUACGACUACAACUCCGUCAUGCAGUACCACAGGUAUGCCUUCAGCGGGAACAAUAUGCCCACCAUGGUGCCGAUCCCCAACGCCAACGUAGAGUUCGGCACGGCCAAUCAGAUGAGCAGGAACGACAUCAGCAGACUGAACACGCUGUACAAAUGUUGAAAGGUGGUGAAGAAACCCUGAGGACAUGGGGCCAAUUUACACAUCAAACCUGCUCUUUAUAGCACAGUCUGAGAAAGUGUGUUGAUAAUAA